UUGGAAAAGAAUAGAAUAGAAUAAGCUGGAAAAGCGACCCGACAAAGCAGCUACGCAACAAGUGAGAGGAGAAUGGCAGAGAAGGUUGGACCGCGUGGCGUUUUGCAGUGUAACAUUCAGACUCACCCUCCAUCUUCCUCGCUUCCCAAUCACUGCCCGUCCUUUUUGCUAUAUAAAGUAACUCACCCUUUCCAUUUUGUUUACACACUCUUACACCAUUUCCAUCUGCAAAAUCAGAGGUUUUUUUUUUUUUUUGCUUAAGUUGCACGUACCUAAAAGCGGGAAAGGUUGGGAGUUGGAGUUGGAAGGAAAAAUUGCAUUUCUAAGUGGAGACGAAGAAUAUGGAGCCGAGCGGUGAGAAUGAAGAGAAGGCGAAAUCGGUAGAGACAGAAGAGAAGAAGGUCGAGGACAAAGAAGAGGAGAAGGAGAAGGAGAAGGAUAAAGAGGUUAAGGAAAAAGAAGAGAAGGAGAAGGAAAAGAAAAAGGAUAAAGAGGUUAAGGGAGACGAAGAGAAAGAGAAAGAGAAAGAAAAGAAAAAGAAGAAGAAGAAAGACAAAGAUGGGAAAGAGAAAGAGAAAAAGAAAAAGAAGAAAAAGGAUAAAGAGGUAGAAGAAGGUGAAGAAGGAAAAUCCGAAGAGAAAAAAAAGAAGAAGAGGAGAAAGAAGAAGAAGAAUAAAGGUUCUUCUUCCUCAUCGUCGUCAUCGUCGUCAUCGUCAUCUUCUUCUUCCUCGUCAUCAUCUUCAUCUUCUUCGUCGUCUUCUGACUCGGAUUCAGAUAAGAAAAAGAAAAGAAAAGAGAAAAAGAAAAAGAAGCAAGAGAAGGAAGACGAUAAAGAGCUGAAAGAAGAUGAACACAAAGAGAAGAAAGAUGACGAGACAAAAGAGAAAAAGAAGAAAAAGAAGAAGGAUAAAGAUCAUGAAGAAGGUGAGGGAAAAGGCAAAGUCAAAGAUCUUAGCAAGCUAAAUCAAAUGCUAGAGAGAACUAAUAAGAGAUUAGAAAUCCUUAUUGCAAGAAAGGCCGACAUCGAAAUGCGGAUUAAAGAAGCCGAGGAGAAAAAGUGCAGUGAAGCUGUUGCUGCUGCAGCUGCAGCCACAGCCACAGCCAAAGCUGCAGUCGAGGAACAGAUCACCGAAGCCACACUCUGAGUAAGUAUCAAUACGAACCGGCUCCGACAAACCAAUAUGCUAUAGACGUAUUCCAUUUCAAACAUUAACAUAUAGUAAUGAAUUGUGUAGCAUACGUCCAUUAAGGUGAAAAAAAAAAAGUUAGCUACAAAUUUACAGAAAACUAUUUGUAGCAGUCCAAAAUUACUUGAAUAAGAUAAUAAUGUGAUUUUGAGUUACCAUUGGUGAUA